UCAUCAAGUACAUCAACAACGUCUGUAAAACGUUCAAUAAAUGCUGCACAGGAUGCAUUAAUUGAAGCUUUAACGUUAAUUGAAGGUGUACAAUUAAAUGUAUUGAAGAGAGAUCAAAUAUCUCGUUUAAUGAUUUGUAAAGGAAUUGUACUAAGUAAAUUGGACAAGUUUGUUUUGUUUUUUUAAUUUUUUUUGUUGUUAGAGGGGGUUCUUUAGGAUGGCUGAAUAACCCCAUUUUUAGCCUUUUUCCUCCUGAAAUCAACUCUGAAAUUGACUUCCUGGCUACGCCCUUGAGAGGGGGAGAGGGUUGUGUCCGAUUUUGAUGAUUUUUCGGUUUUAUGAUUUUCGGUUUCUGAUGAUUUUUCGAUCUUAGUUUCUUCGGUUUGGUUUUGGAUAUCUUAAAUAUUCAAAAAAAAUUUUUUUUAAUAAGAAUCGACAAAAUUAUUUUUUACGUGUUUGUGCUGUUUACGAAUAAAAAAAUUCAUCGUAGGUUUACCGUUUGUCACGUUAUUAUUUUUGGGGAGUAUGAAUUUUUUGAUCUGUAAUUUCUGGAGGGGAGGGAACAAUGAAAGAGAAGAAGCUGGUCGUGCAUUUUCUGCAGCAGCACAACUUGAUCAUGAUUUACUUGGAGGAACUUCUGUAUGGAAACAUUGGGGAGAUUUUUUGACAAGCAUUUUUAUGAGCAAUAUAAAUGAAAAUUCUGCACAAAUAACUGGAAUUCAAGCAAUUGCCUGUACUUUAGAACAUGCAAAAAUUUCUCCAUCACCUUUAAAAGCCCGUUUAUCAAUUGCAAAAUUUUUAUGGUUAAUUAAAAUUUUAACAUCUUUUGGAGGAUCUGAAAAAAUUUUGAUUUCAUUAAAUGAAUUGUUGGAAAAAUAUGUUGAUAAUGAAACAAUAAAUCCUUCAAAUUGGUUAUUUUGGCUUAAUGCACUUUUAAUGGAAGCACAACAAAGACCUUCUCCAGCAAUUUUAAAUAUUUUAAAAUGUAUUGGUAAAGCUUUUCCUCAAAAAAUGUUUUAUGAUUUGAGAAUUGUAUUGGGUUCAAAAAAUGUUACAGAAUAUUUACAAAAAUACAGAUUAUCUCUUCAAAAUAAUAACAAUAGCAACGUUAAUAAUAAUCAUAAUGCUUCUCCAUCUACUAGUAGUUCAUCAAUAAAUGCAACUAUGGAUAACACUGACAAUCAACUUGCUUCAAUUUUAUUUUGUAUUUGUGAAAAUAAUUUUAUUGAAAUUGAUGCAUUAAAUAAAAUUAUGCUUGAUUUUGAGAAUUUUCCAAUUUCCCCGUUAGAAGAGUUAUUAAACGAAUUUAGACAAAUUCUUUCAUCAUGUCAUUUUGAACAAUUUACAAAAUUAGCUGAUCUUACCUCAACAAUAAUUGACUUUAAAACUUUACAAAAAUUAUGCUCUUGUAUUACAAAUUAUUUUAAUUUUGCUAGUGCUUUUACUGAACAAGAUGAAGAAAAAAAGAUUUGUAAAAUAUUACAAGACAAUUUUAUAUUUUUAAAAAAUUAUUAUGAAAGAGAUUACAGUCAGCAACACCAACAAAAACAAAUUUCACUAUUUAGUGUAGCUAGUGCUUUGCGUAAAUCUAUAUUAAAAAUAAGUGAUUAUUUGAAAAAUAAUAUGGGAUCGAGACGUCUUAUUGAUCAUGCAAAAUAUUUGGCAAAAUUCAAAAGUUCGCUAGCAUUAAUUGAUGUUUUUAGUGCAGGUUUUGAUGUUGGUGGUUAUCGAGCUUCAACAACAACAACAACUUCAUCAAAUUGUAACGCACAAAUAGCUUCAUUUUUACCAAUAUUUGAUCAAUUUAUACAUAAUGAAUCAACAAUUUGUCGUGUUAUAAAACUUCGUUCUUUAAAUGGAAAAAUUUAUACUUUUCAAUUAGAAAAUGUUUGUGGAGGUUAUGAUUCUACAAAAAUACAUAUACUUCAAUUAUUUUGUUUAUUAAAUGUUGAAUUUUCAAAAUCUAGGCAUACAGCCCAACGUUUUAUUCAAUUUUGUAUUCCACAAAUUAUUCAUAUUGGUUCAAAUGUUCGUUUAAUUGAAUGUCCACAAAUUUCAAUAACUAAAAUGACAAAUUCAUCUUCUUCAGAUAAUUUUGUUAUUUUUGGUGAUAUUUUAAAUGAAAUGUUACAAGAAGAAAAAUCAUUAUUAACGUCUUCAAAUAUUGUUGAAUAUUAUUAUGGAAGAUUAGCUGAACAAAGAUAUUCGCAUAAAAAUCUUCAUGAAUUAUUUAAUAAUAUUUCUAAUGGUGGAGGAGGAACAGAUUUAUUAAUGGAUAGCAGCAGCAACAAUAAUCUAAUAAUUGUUAAGCGAGAUUUAUUGUCAAAAUGGAUGUAUUCAAGAUAUACAGAAGCAGAAUCAUUGUGGAAUGCGAGGAAAAAGUUGUCCAUCCAUUUUGCUUUAUUGGGACUUUGUGAAUAUGCAUUUUUCCUUUCAAGUAUGUCACCCGAUGGAUUAAUAUUAAACAUUUCUACAGCACAAUUAUUUUUUCUUGAUUAUAAAUUUGAUUUGACUAAAAAAGUUUGUGAUACUUUGGCAGGAAAAGUUAGAUUUAUUGAAUUGGAUGCAAAUAGACCUGUACCUUUUCGAUUAACUUGUAAUAUUUCACAUUUUUUGGAUGCUUCUAUUGAAGGUCAUCUUGCUGGUGCUUUAAUAGCAAUUGCGCGUUCAUUUAAUACAAAAACAUUGGAAAUUUGGCUUAGACCAAUUUUAUGGGAUGUUUUUUCUAAAGCUGCUGAAGAAGACCCAAAAAUGAAUAUUGUUAAUCCUGUUAAACGUGCAGUGGAUACAGUGCUUACUCGAAUUAAAGCAAUUUCGCACAUUGAAAAUGGUUCAAGUGCAACAAGUCAAUUAUUAAUGCAGGCACAACUGUCAGAUAAUUUGUGUAGAAUGGAUCCAUCUUGGCAUCCGUGGUUUUAA